AUUCCCACCCCUCCUAAAAAUGUCUUUACCUACAAAAGAAGGCUACCUAUUGAAGUAUAAGAACAAGCUCUCAGGAUGGGACAACCGUUACUUCAAGCUGGAAAAGAUGUACUUUCACUAUUACGAAACCAAAGACUCUCCUUCUCCUCGUAAGACCGUCCUAAGAACUGACAUUAUCUCUGUCACUGAGACCAACUCUUUCUCUGAUAGAAGCAACUGCUUAGAGGUCGGACUGAAGGGAUUUGAUAGAUGGUACAUUCAGUGUAAAUCAGAGUUUGAGCUGAAGCAAUGGGCGAGUGCAUUGCUAUCUCAUGUACCUGAAGGGGACAAACGAAGAAGAUGGCUCGAUGAAAAGCUUGCUGGUGCUAAAGAGCCCACUGUACCUGUGCCUACCAUGCCUCAGUAUAUGACGGCCCCGCCUCAACCUCAAGAUGAACCACCUUCUUAUAGAACUGCUUACUAUCAGGCACCUCCUCCUGUAGCCCCAGGAUACGAGCAUCUUUACUAUCAGGGAGGAGGUGGGCAGCCAGGACCUGGCCAACAGCAAGCCCAGGGAGGUGCUUACGGAACCGAUCCUUAUCAACAUUUAAGAUGAUGUAUAGUACUAACCUAUAGAAGAAUUAUUAUUGUCACUAUGUAUUGUUAUUAUUAUUAUCACAUUUUAUGUCUGCCUUUCGAUUUUGUCAAUGAUUGUCUGAAGUUGCAAA